AUGUCUAACUCAAUUGGAGAUGAGUCCCCGGAAGAACAGAAAAAGCGCCAUUUGAAGUUGUUUGAAACGAUAGAUAUUAACCAUACCGGUAAAAUUGAUAUCAGAACGUUGCAACAGGCAUUCGAGAAAUCGGAUCAUCCGUUAAAAGGAUCCCCUGAGGCAAUCGAACAUAUCUUUAAGUCGUUGGACCAGAAUAAAGAUUCGGUAAUAGAUUUUAAUGAUUUCGAAAAAUACGUUACUACGGCGGAAACCCAGAUCAAGGUCGGAUUCCAAAAGAUCGAUAAGGAUAACGAUGGGAGAAUUAAGAUGGAAGAACUUUCCAAAUAUCUUUCACAGUUCAGAGAGGAUCAUGACAUAAAGGAUGUGGCAGAUUCGAAACAACGUAAGAAACCUUCCAAAAUUUCGAAUUUCGUGGACUGGGCAUUCAACAGAAAAUCGUACAUCACUUAUGAACAAUGGCGAGACUUCCUACUUUUCGUACCCAGAAAAGAGGGGUCAAGAUUGAACACAGCAUAUGCAUAUUUUUAUUUAUUCAAUGAAGACGUAGAUCUUUCCAGUGAAGGUGAUGUUACCUUAAUUAACGACUUCAUCAAAGGUUUUGGAUUCUUUAUUGCGGGUGGUUGCUCCGGAGUUGUAUCACGUACGUGCACAGCUCCGUUUGAUAGAAUUAAAGUCUUCUUGAUUGCAAGAACAGACUUGUCUUCCACUUUGUUAAAUUCAAAAGAUACCUUACUAGCUAAGAAUCCUAACGCUGAUUUAUCUAAAAUUAAAUCGCCUCUAAUAAAGGCUGCGACCACGUUAUAUAGACAGGGUGGAUUACGUGCAUUUUACGUGGGUAAUGGUCUCAAUGUUGUAAAAGUUUUCCCGGAAUCGGCCAUCAAAUUCGGUUCUUUCGAAAUGGCAAAGAGAAUCAUGGCAAGAUUGGAAAAUGUCAAGGAUACUUCGGAGUUAUCUAGAUUAUCAACGUACAUCGCAGGUGGUUUAGGUGGUGUUGCUGCGCAAUUCUCUGUUUAUCCAAUCGAUACGCUAAAAUACAGAAUUCAAUGCGCUCCUCUUAAUACCAAUCUCAAGAAGUCAUCAAUAUUAUUACAAACCGCAAAGGAAAUGUACCAACAGGGUGGUAUACGGUUGUUUUACAGGGGUGUUCACAUUGGUGUAAUGGGUAUUUUCCCGUACGCAGCUCUCGACUUAGGAACAUUUUCCGCUUUAAAAAAGUGGUACAUUAAGAAAGAGGCCAAGAAAACCGGUCUUCCAGAAGACGAAGUUAUCAUUAGCAACCUAAUAGUUUUACCCAUGGGUGCGUUUAGUGGUACUGUGGGUGCUACACUGGUGUAUCCUAUAAAUUUACUAAGAACCAGAUUGCAAGCCCAAGGUACCUAUGCUCAUCCACAUACUUACAAUGGCUUUUCAGAUGUUCUGAAAAAGACAAUUCAAAGAGAAGGGUACCAGGGUCUAUUUAAAGGUCUGGUACCGAACUUAGCCAAGGUGUGUCCUGCUGUCUCCAUUAGUUACCUAUGCUAUGAAAACUUAAAGCGGCUAAUGAAGCUAGAAUAG